GUAUUUUCAAGCUACGUGGGAAUAAUCUAAUAUGUUUUGCCAUGAUAGUAUACAUGAUUGACUUCUCUUGGGAAAACGGAGCGGAUAACAAAUUCUUCAACGGUCUUGGCUACCGGAUGCUGCACGAGGUCGAGGCAUUUGCGAAGAAAGUCCAUGCUGAUUACAGGUAUAUUUACCUGAACUAUGCCGCACCUGAUCAGGACCCUCUCCACAGCUACGGGGAGGAUAAUCUGAGGGAGCUUGCCAGGGUGGCGAAGAAGUAUGACCCGGAUGCCGUUUUUCAGGGACAAGCGCAAGGUAGGCGGUACAGUGGUCGAUAUUUGUACGAGAAUCCGAGGGUAUUGAAGUAUAGUGAACCCGUAGGAGAGAACAUAAUGCCGCAGCGACAAAAUAGAAAACAAAAUCCCAUCCAAUAUUGCACAUCCUCCCAGCCCAAAAGACCCAAAUCAAACACAUCCAAGUACAAAUACAAGCAUCAAUUAACGGAUCAAUCAAUUAAGCAAAUAACCCAACCAUCGAAGUAAGCACCAAAGACCCAAUCACCAAAACCGACAUCUUAGAUGGCGCCCCCGAAAGCGUCACUGCCGCAUUCUCCGAUGUCCCCGACGCCGACGCUCCACUCUUCGUCGCAGUCGCAGACCCAGUCUCCUUAUCCGACUUGCUCUUCGUCGCCGUCGCCGUCGCCUUCACCGACGUCUCAGUCGCCGUCGCGGACGUAUUCCCUGAGCACCAGACAUCACCCCAGUCGACCUUGGCAUCGUACAGACAAUCAGUGAGGGCCUUGACGGACUGGCCCAUCGCGAGACAGUAGAUGGCGCAGUCGCCGUCGUAGGCGGAGACGGGGGCAUCGUGGCAGCAUUUUUCCAUGAUUUUGGGGUAUUUGUCGUUGUUGGGGACGGCGCAGGCGGCAUCUUUGAUGGGGAUCUCGUAUUGUGCUGGUGUUCCGCAGGUGUGGCUGCCGCUUGGGGCGGCUGCCGUCGUUGUUAUUGAGGACAUUUUGAGGGUUGAUAUGAGUGGAGGUAGGGUUGUGGUUGUGGUUGUUACUUGGAGUAUCGGUCUGCCGUGGGAUGAAUGUUCGGUGGUAAUAGUAUAGGACGGAUUGAAG